CACAGAACGUCCGAGGUCAAAUUCUCUUGCUCUGAACAGAACACGCACGCACACAAACGCACGCACACUCGCACACAGAUUGAAGGAUGUGAAAAAGAGCCAUGUUUACGUCAUGCCGGGAUGUGCAGGAAUGGUACCUUCCCAGCUGGAGAGUAGAACCCAAAUAUUCUACUAAAGUGCUUGUUGGAAACUGGCUGGAAGAAAGGAAAAAGUUUACAAGAGAUGCCGGGGGAACGGGCCAAAGUACCUACGGGCGAGACUUUGUUCGUUACCCAACGGAGGUCCCAGACCGAGUGGUGUUGAGGAGAAUGAAGAGGCAGCUGGAUGGUCUACCAAAGAAGUAUAUAUUGAGCCAUCAUGAAGAAGCAAAGCAUCAACACUUAGUAACACAAUAUGAUGAUCAAUACAAUAGACAUGGCUACAACUCUUCCUUGCCUCCACUUCGCAAGUGGAAUGGACACAAAAUGGCCUGGAUCCCAGAGAAAUCAGAUCACCCACUUCUAGAGCCUCCAACCAACUAUGGCCUUUUUGAAAAUCUUGUUAAAAAAUGGACUUCCAGGGAGCCUAGGGUGAUGAGCAGCCUGUACACUGUCCACUACACCAAGCCUCCCUUGUCCUCUCAUGCAGUCCGCCGGCGACCCAUCACCACACAAAUCCUGGAGGCCAGCCAGGCCCCGUGGCUGCCCAGGGACCCCGAGCAUUGACUAUGAGAGGCUGCCCCCGAUCAACCAUGGAGUAAAUAUUUCACUUUUUUCCGACCUGUUUCAGCAAGUUUAGCAUUAUUGGUCUAAUUGCAAGAAUCAAAAGGCGAGACACUACGGACUGCAGAUCCAGCGGCUUGUUUUCCAAACUUCUGUGGCUCUUCAUAUGGAAAGCUUUCUCGUUCUUCAUGUAGUUUUUAUUAUUAUUAUUUAAAAUUUUUGCUCCGAAA